UUCGGCUAACUAUAGCUGGGAGUCAUUUUUUUUUACUAAAAAACACGAAUUGUAAACUUUGAAAAUAUUUUCCUUACUGUUGGGACAGAAUGGAAACACAAAACGAGCAGAUUUUAGAUUCGCCAUCCAAAAACAGUUACAUUGGGAGCUACUACCAGCCUCCAGACAGGAUAUUAUCAGUAUCGAGACAGCUGGAGUUUCCUGCACAACCAUCUUCCAACAUGGAUCGAACUGCCAGCCUUCGGUCUCCGACUGCACAUAAUAUUGAUAGCAAAGCUGUUGUAGAUGCACUGAAGACUCUCCAGGAGAAAAUUAAAAGGCUUGAGCUGGAAAGAAAACAAGCAGAGAAGAAUUACCUUCAGUUCUCCCAUGAAGCUCAAAAGCACCAGCAGGAUGCAUCAUCACUGUCAGCCAGCUUUCUUGGAACCGAUGAUUCAGCCAGGAAAGAGGUGGACAUGAAACUGCAAUCAGCAGAGGCUCGCUGUAAAGUUCUGGAGAAGCAGCUGGACUACAUGAGGAAAAUGGUGGAAAACGUCAAGAAGGAGAGAAAUGUUCUGAUGGAAAAGGAGGUUUCAUUGCACAGCCAACAAAAGAGCAUCUCAAAUAACCAAAUUCAGAGCGAGAAGCUGGAGAAGCUAGAGUCUGAAUAUUUUAAACUGAGCCGAACCCAAACUCUUGCAGAGAUGAAGCUUUCCAUUUUGGAGCAGAAGCUGCUUAAAGAAGAGCAUGAGCGUAAACUUGUUCAGGAAAAGGCAGAUGAGCUGCAGAGGGAGGUGGAUACCAACUUUCGAUUGGUUGUGUCAUCUACUGAAGAAACAAAGCCAAAGAAGAAAACUAAAAGGACCGUUGGGAAAUCACUGAAACAGAAUGAGCUGGCUUCAGACAGCCCGAGGCACACAAGAAUGCCCUUUGUUGCGGGAACAUCGACGAGUCCAAGCCAUUCCGUUCAUGCAAACAUUCAAAGCAUCCUCCACAUGAUGAAGCACCACCAGCCCCAGCUGUGUGAGAGAGUGGGUGCCCUGCACAGGUCUGGAUGUGGAGCCAAGAAAAGCCUCCACAAGGACUUUUCUACAUCGUCCACUGCUUUCCAGAAGCCUGUCAGUCCAUCUGCUGAUCAGUCACUGAGCUUGUUGUCCGACCUGCUCUUGGCUCUGCAGGAUGAGCUCGGACACAUGAGCUUUGAGCAUCAGGAGUUGAACCAUCAGAUAGAAGCAACCCAGCAGGAAGAGCAGAAGAAGGACCUGCAGAAAGACUUGGAAAGGCUGGUCACCAGGAUGGAGGAGAAGGAAGCUCAGAUCACUAAGCUACGCAAACACCAGCAGACGGUCCAUAAACUGACCCAGAGUAUGUCACAUGAUGAGGAACACACAACCUCAAAGCUGAGUGGGAUCAAGCCACCUGUUCCCUCGCCCGUUAAGACUAAGAAAAAAGGAAAGAAAGGUACGGGGACUCAAAACAACCUGCAGCUCCUCAGAGAGACCCAAAAGUUUAGAAACAGCCUAAAACAGGACGACCUCUCCUGGGAAACAUGA